GGUUGUGUCGAAAUUGGUCUAUAGCUCUGCCUAAACUGCUGUCCAAUUGGUUUACAAGUCCGGCUGAAGUGACAGGCCAUCAAAAACUGCACAGUAUGACUGAUUCGGAGACGGCCCUUAACACUCGCCCAGUCGUGUCGAGAGGAUCGGUGUCUUUGCAGAUUACACGGAAUUGAGCACCCGGGCCAGACUGACACUUUCCGGAGUCUGUCCGAGACGGAACUCGAGCCGAGGAAUCAUAGGUCCAGGUGGUGUCGAAAUUGGUCUAUAGCUCUGCCUAAACUGCUGUCCAAUUGGUUUACAAGUCCGGCUGAAGUGACAGGCCAUCAAAAACUGCACAGUAUGACUGAUUCGGAGACGGCCCUUAACACUCGCCCAGUCGUGUCGAGAGGAUCGGUGUCUUUGCAGAUUACACGGAAUUGAGCACCCGGGCCAGACUGACACUUUCCGGAGCCUGUCCGAGACGGAACUCGAGCCGAAGAAUCAUAGGUCAAGUAUCUCAUCGAAUUUCUGCACGGGCACCUAUCACCCCUUAAAAAGCAGUGGAUCCGUCCAUCAAGCGAACAUUGAAAUUCACAUGAUUCCAUACCAGUUCGACUGAAAGCAAUAUUCUACCUGUUUUCACUGGGGAUUUGUUUGGCUGUAAAACUGCUGGACGUUUUCGAACAAGUACAAAUUUUGUCGUUUGUUUUUGACAAGUUUUUGGACAUUUACAACGUGUAUAAUGGCCGAACAGCUAGGAUCAGGACUGGAUAUUGAAGAUGUUCGUGAAGUGUUCGACCUAUUUGAUUUUUGGGAUGGCCGUGACGGUUUAAUCGGCGCUGAAAAGGUUGGCGACCUGCUGCGCUGCCUUGGCCUUAACCCAACGUUGGCACUGGUAAAGAAAAUGGGAGGAACGGAUAAACCUGGUGAAAAGCAGUUCAGUUUUGAGGAGUUUCUGCCAAUCGUCAAGUCGCUCCUUAAGGUGGAUGACAUCGGCACCUUUGCCGAGUUCUGUGAGGCCUUCAAGUCGUUUGACCGCGAGGGCAUGGGAUACAUCACCGCAGGGGAGAUGAACUAUAUGCUCACGUCUAUGGGUGAGCGGCUGACCGAUCAGGAGACGGACGCCAUCAUGCAGGACACGGACACAUCCCCGGACCUGGACGGCAACCUCAAAUACGAAGAUUUCAUAAAGAAGGUUAUGAAAGGCCACGAGUGGAAGAAAUAAACAGCACACGCAGAAAGAAGAAAAGUGUUUUGAAUAGCAUUGCUUUUUGUAUCGAAUGCCUAGACAUACAAUAUUUGUUACGUUCUAGUAUUUGUUGCAAAGUUAAUAGUGCGUAUGGCAUAUAUGGACAGCUUUAUAAUUAGGAUUUUUAUAUUAUCAAUCACUAAAAUUUUCUCGAUGCAAUGCUUAUUAAAUCAAAGCGUCACAAUGGUGACAUCUUAAAUAAUAUAAGAACUAAUUCCGUCGAAUCUAAAUCGGUUACACUGAUGUGGUCUGUCAUCAUCAAACUCUUGAACUAAGUCAUUUAAAUCAAAGAUCAAAUAUGCGCACCUCGGUCUUAAUUUAUAUAUAUUUACUAUAUAAAUAGAGGAACAAGUUGAACGCCAUGGCAGAUUACCGUGUCUCCUGAUUAACAGACAUAUAGGUAUGACGUAUGUUGGCAGCUUCGGCGGCGCCCCUUUUGCUUUUCCAGAAUAUAAGACUAACACAGAUUUCAACGUGAAACUUCAUCAGUAUAUAGAUCACUAAUUGAGGGAAGUGCAGUGCACUACUCCUGUUUCUCUGCUUCACUUUCUUUUGGAAGUUCCUACUCUAUGUGUUUGUUCAUACUUUAUUUCUACGGGGGCUAAUUGUUUUGGCUUCGUAAAGUGUGAGGUGUACUUUGCCGUUUUCUCGAUACGUAUACUAUCAAGGGACACAUCCAACUCGCCAAGUUCUUCUUUAAUUUGUUACAAGAACAUUUUAAUUGUUUAUAAUAACAGCCCUAGUUAAAGUGUAUACGAGAACAGACAUUUAAACUGUAUUACCGGUAGGCUAUGCUUCAUCAUCAAAUGAGCCUCAAAGAAACGCGUUAGGAGCUUCUUUUGUUAUCAUACCAUGACGCAGAAAUAAGUCACGAGUUUAAAAAGUUAAACAUGUGAAAUGUUCAAUUAAUCUACUAAAGAAUGUUAGCUUUAGAUUAAAACAUAGUUAUCUAAUGGGCCUGUAUGUGCAUCUCUAACAGUGUAUUUUUUUAUAAUGUAAGACAAAGACCACACUGAUUCCAUUUAAACAGAUAUAAUCUUUGAUUCAAGACUUGUGUUCAAAUUGCGAAUAAAACAUUCCAUUCCCAUGAAAUAACCUAAGUAAAAAAUAUACCCUUUGAACACAUAGCAUGAAUUCCCCAAAUUGAAACCCUUACUAAUUGUAUAUUUGAAAAUUGAAUAAGUGCUUAAUGAUAUCGUAUUUUUUAUGCUUGUGAUUAUGCUUACCUGAAACCCACAUGUUGAUCCAGUCUCCCAACCCUAAACUUCACAGAUUAAAUGAUUGCAACAUCAGAAGCAGUUUCUGAAGCUUACUGUUUGCUACCAUUGUCCUAGAAUCGAUAAAUAAUUAUACCGCGAAGUAAAUUACCACUAAGUAAAUCACUG